AUGGCUACCAGAUUCAAGCACCAGUUUUCAAUCUCACUAGCCUUGACAUUCUUCUUCUUCUUCACCAAGACCUUCUCUUUCACAGAGAACGAGGAACUUGGUAACCUUCUCAGAUUCAAAGCCUCCUUUGAUGAUCCAAAAGGCUCUCUUUCAGGUUGGUUUAACACUUCUUCUUCGCACCAUUGUAACUGGACUGGUAUCACAUGUACUAGAGCUCCUACUCUUUACGUCUCUUCCAUUAACCUUCAAAGUUUGAAUCUUUCUGGUGAAAUCUCUGACUCCAUUUGUGACCUCCCUUACCUCACUCACCUUGACCUCUCCUUGAACUUCUUCAAUCAGCCUAUCCCACUUCAGUUGUCUCGUUGUGUUACUUUAGAGACUCUUAAUCUCAGCUCUAAUCUCAUCUGGGGCACAAUCCCUGAUCAGAUUUCUGAGUUUAGUUCCUUGAAAGUUAUUGACUUUAGCAGUAACCAUGUCGAAGGUAUGAUUCCAGAAGAUUUAGGGUUAUUGUUUAAUCUCCAAGUUCUCAACUUGGGAAGUAAUUUGCUCACUGGUAUCGUCCCUCCUGCUAUUGGGAAGCUAAGUGAGCUUGUUGUUCUUGAUUUGUCUGAAAACAGCUAUUUGGUUAGUGAGAUUCCUUCUUUUCUUGGGAAGCUAGACAAGCUUGAACAGCUUCUGUUGCAUAGGUCAGGGUUCCAUGGAGAGAUUCCUACUUCGUUUGUUGGUUUGACAAGUUUGAGAACCUUGGAUCUGAGUUUGAACAACCUGAGUGGUGAGAUUCCUCGAUCAUUAGGCCCUUCUCUCAAGAACUUAGUGUCUCUUGAUGUCUCACAGAAUAAGUUAUCUGGCUCUUUCCCUAGUGGCAUUUGCAGUGGUAAAAGGCUUAUUAACCUUUCUCUCCACUCGAAUUUCUUUGAAGGGUCAUUGCCUAACUCCAUUGGUGAAUGCCUUAGUCUGGAGAGGCUUCAAGUGCAGAACAAUGGAUUUUCUGGUGAGUUUCCAGUUGUGUUGUGGAAAUUACCCAGGAUUAAGAUUAUUAGAGCGGAUAAUAAUCGGUUCACAGGUCAAGUGCCAGAGUCUGUGUCUUUGGCUUCUGCAUUGGAGCAAGUUGAGAUAGUCAACAAUUCCUUUUCUGGUGAAAUCCCACAUGGUCUUGGAUUGGUUAAGAGCUUGUAUAAGUUUUCUGCUUCACAAAACCGGUUUAGUGGAGAGUUACCGCCGAAUUUUUGCGACUCACCUGUCCUUAGUAUUGUAAACAUCUCUCACAAUAGGCUCUUAGGAAAGAUCCCAGAACUGAAAAACUGCAAGAAGCUUGUCUCUUUGUCUCUAGCAGGCAAUGCAUUCACCGGAGAAAUCCCGCCAUCACUUGCUGAUUUACAUGUUCUGACCUAUCUUGAUCUAUCUGAUAAUAGUCUUACUGGUUUGAUCCCUCAAGGCUUACAGAACCUAAAGCUUGCUCUUUUUAACGUGUCAUUCAAUGGAUUAUCAGGUGAGGUACCUCACUCUCUGGUCUCCGGGUUACCAGCUUCCUUUCUGCAAGGAAAUCCUGAGCUUUGUGGACCCGGUUUACCCAAUUCUUGCUCCUCUGAUCGGUCUAACUUCCAUAAAAAAGGUGGUAAAGCGUUGGUGUUAUCUUUGAUAUGUUUAGCACUUGCUAUUGCCACUUUCCUUGCGGUGUUAUAUCGUUAUUCUCGAAAGAAAGUGCAAUUCAAGAGUACUUGGCGCUCGGAGUUUUAUUAUCCCUUCAAGUUAACUGAGCAUGAGUUGAUGAAAGUGGUGAAUGAAAGUUGUCCUUCCGGAAGUGAAGUAUACGUUCUCAGUUUAUCUAGUGGGGAGUUAUUAGCUGUGAAGAAGCUUGUGAAUUCUAAGAAUAUAUCCUCGAAAUCUCUGAAAGCUCAAGUGAGAACCAUAGCAAAGAUACGGCAUAAGAACAUUACUCGAAUUCUUGGGUUUUGCUUCAAAGACGAGAUGAUCUUCUUGAUCUAUGAAUUCACACAAAAUGGUAGCUUACAUGAUAUGCUAUCGAGAGCUGGCGACCAACUGCCGUGGAGUAUUAGGUUGAAGAUAGCACUAGGUGUUGCUCAAGCAUUGGCUUACAUUAGCAAAGACUAUGUGCCACACUUACUCCAUAGGAACCUAAAAUCAGCAAACAUUUUCUUGGACAAAGAUUUCGAACCCAAGCUCUCUGAUUUUGCUCUUGACCAUAUCGUUGGAGAAACUGCUUUUCAGUCUCUGGUACAUGCAAACACCAACUCCUGCUAUACUGCACCAGAAAACCAUUACAGCAAGAAAGCAACAGAAGAUAUGGAUGUUUACAGUUUUGGUGUUGUAUUACUAGAACUUGUAACGGGACAAAGCGCAGAGAAAGCAGAAGAAGGCUCUUCUGGGGAGUCCCUUGACAUAGUGAAGCAGGUCAGGAGGAAGAUAAACCUGACAGAUGGAGCUGCACAAGUUCUUGACCAAAAGAUCUUGUCCGAUUCUUGCCAAUCAGACAUGCGAAAGACCUUAGACAUUGCUCUAGAUUGCACCGCCGUUGCUGCAGAGAAACGACCUUCACUGGUUAAAGUUAUUAAACUGCUUGAGGGUAUUAGUUCUUCUGUCUCACCAGUUUCCGCAUAAACAAUAAACCAAGAGAGACCGUUUCUUAGCACUGGUUUGAACUCAAAAAUCAAGCUUUUAUGGAAAUGGUCCAAGAGCAAGAUGGUAUGUUUUGUUUGUGUAACAUUAGAGUAUGUAGUAAUGUACAUUGGUCAUUUGAUCUUCAAGGAUAAUAAGAAUUGGACUUUUAAUGUACUUCCCGAUAAGUUUG